AUGACUACAUCCAAUCAUACUCACUUGUACUCUCUGAUCGUAGCUCUUCAUCCCUCGGAACCUCUCACCACCCCCAUCCCUGGAAAGACCCAGGACCAGCAAGAACAAGAACGAGAAGAGGACAAGGAAGAUUGGAGAUUAGGCGAAAUCACUGUCGAUUGGGUAGAUUUUACAAGAGAGAAAUCAGUUGAUCAUCCAACUUCAGCUUCAGCUUCAACUUCAACUUCAGCUUCACCAAAAACAAAAGCAAACAUGUCAUCACGAUCACGGUCACCCGGAUCAGGUUCAGUAAGUCAACCGAAGAAGAAACCUAUUUCUCAAUCUUCUACUACAACCAACUCAACUACCAAAACAUCUAAGAAAGUACCACCAUCGUCAUCAUCAUCAUCUAACGAUCCAGAAGAUUUAUCACUUCAACCAUUAUUAGCUCAUUUCCCCAACCAACUUCCAAAUUCCGGACUUGGGCCCAAUCCAUUAGAUUCGUCAUUCGCGUCUGGUAUAUCAGAAUUAGGAAGAGGUGUCGUACAUUUAUUCCGACAUUCACCACCCGAAAGCUUGAUUUCAAAGAUUGACGCACACCCAAUUGGUGAAGGGAGUAAUUCACCUUCAGAAGGUGAAUGGGCGAAUGAAAAAGCUGAAGGUCAAGAUGGUAGUUUAAUCGCUAUUUUAGCUGUUCCCGCUUGGAUGAGACCUGCUGAUUUCAUUGAAUUCAUCGGCGGUUGGAGCAAUUGUUUAGAAGGUGUAAGGAUGAUUAGAGAAGCAACCACUCCCAAUCGAUCAAUCGUUUUACUCAAAUUCAGAGAUCCAUUGCAAGCAUCUGACUUCUCAGUCAUAUUCACUGGAAAAGCAUUCUCGACUUUGGAUCCUAGAGAAACUUGUCAUCCAAUCCGAAUCCAUCAUUUGAUCCUACACAAAACCGACAAUGCAACUUCCAGUUCCAUUUCGAACACAACCAUAGCUGCAUCGAAUACCGUUGCUAUACCUGCGUUCCCACCUUCAGUCUAUUCGUCAAGGCAGAAAAAUAGAGAUGAAUUAUCUGGUUUAUUGAAAGGUGUCACACCUUCAAAAGGGAUAUAUGAAUUACCUUCAUGUCCCGUUUGUUUAGAAAGAUUGGAUUCCACUAUCACUGGAUUAGUGACUUUACCUUGUGCCCAUACCUUUGAUUGUGAUUGUCUCAGGAAAUGGGGUGAUUCAAGAUGUCCUGUCUGUAGAUUAUCACAUCUCUUACUUUCUUCAGCUGAAAAAUCUCCAUCUUCGACAUCUUCGUCUUCACGAGCGAGGGGAAGGGGAAUUGGUGUCGGAGGAGAAAUCACUAGAUUAACAAAAUGUUCAAUGUGUGAUUCAAGUGAGAAUAAUUGGAUUUGCGUAGUGUGCGGUACGGUCGGUUGUGGAAGAUAUGAACCUGGUAAAGGUCAUGCAAGGAGACAUUGGGAAGAAAGUGGUCAUGUAUUAGCUAUGGAAUUAGAAACUCAAAGAGUAUGGGAUUAUAAAGGAGACAACUACGUACAUCGACUCAUCCAAUCACGAUCAGAUGGUAAACUAGUUGAAUUACCAUCGGCAUCAUCGCUUGUAACACCGUCAAUAAGUCGACCACUCCCAUUCGGCUCUCAAUCUCAAUCCCACACGCAUGCGCAAUUACAACCGAAUUCACAACCAUCUUCAGUGAAUCACACACCUCAAUCAUCCAUUCAUACCAAUUAUCCCAAUUCCAAUAGAACUUCAAUCGAUUCUGGUCCCGGACCAUCUUCAGGAGAUGUUGAGAAAAUGUCAACAAUAGAAUCAAUCACAUUGGAAUAUAGUUAUUUGCUUUCAAGUCAAUUGGAAUCUAUGAGACAUCAUUAUGAGAAUCAACAAUCUUCACUAUUGUCCAGACUUGAAAAACUUGAAUCAUCUAAUAAAAACACUCAAGAUAAAUUAAAAGGAUUAGAACAAGCUGAAAAUUCGAAAGAGAAAGCUGAAUUAAAAGCUUUGAAAGCAAUUGACUUAUCUAGAAAUUUGCAAAAAUCCCUGGAAAGUGAAAAAGCUCUAUCGAAUGGUUUAUCCCAUAAGAUCACUUCAUUAGAAAAUCAGUACCAAACAACCCAAGAUCAACUAAAAGAGAAACAAAACGAAUGUGUCAGUCUGGAAGAAACUGUCAGAGAUUUAAUGUUUACUUUGGAAGCGGGGAUGAAAGUUCAACAAAUGGGUGGAGAAAGCGGUGAAGGUGGUGAUUUACUUGUUGUACAAGGCAAUGGUAAAAAUAAAAAGAAAGGAAAGCGCUGA